AGCUAGAAGAAUUCAACGAUGCCUCGCUAUGAUGAUAAAUACGGCAAUACCCGCCUCUAUGUGGGGCACUUAUCUUCGAGGACUCGUUCCCGGGAUCUGGAGCGUGCCUUCAGCAGAUAUGGAAGGUUUCUGGGGUUUUGGCUAAACCUGGAGAGGUCUGUGGUGGGAGGUUUGCCAUGGUGGAAUUGGUGGAAAUUCCUGUCGAGUGUUGACUUUGGCGAUUCUUUCUGUAAUGUUAUUGCUUGUUUUUAUGGAAAUGGCAUCAAUCACAAACUGGUGUUUAGUUCGUCUUUGAGGGGCGAAGUAUCAUACAGUUCAAGUAGUUAAGUAAUGAUGGCCUUACUGUUUCUGGAAACCAUUUCCGCAGAGUUCGGGGUGUGGAUAUGAAGAAUGAUUUCGCCUUUGUUGAUUUUAGUGAUCCUCGAGAUGCUGAUGAUGCAAGAUAUAACUUGGAUGGUCGGGAUGUUGAUGGAAGUCGUAUUAUUGUGGAAUUUGCAAAAGGGGCUCCUCGUGGGUCCCGGGAAUAUUUGGGGCGAGGUCCUCCUCCUGGCUCUGGACGCUGCUUUAAUUGUGGCCUUGAUGGUCAUUGGGCACGGGAUUGCAAAGCUGGGGAUUGGAAGAAUAAGUGUUACCGCUGUGGGGAGAGAGGACAUAUAGAAAGGAACUGCAAGAACAGCCCCAAAAAAUUGAGCACAAGGCGAGGACGGAGUUAUUCACGGUCACCAGUCAGGUCACAUUCACCUCGUCGUGGCAGAAGCCGUGAUCGCAGUUAUAGCCGUGAUCGCAGCUACAGUCGAUCACGAUCCCCUGUCAGAAGAGAAGAAAGCCCCGUUCGUGAAGAUAGGUCACAAAGCCCUCAACACAAAAAUAGUCCUCAGCCCUCCAAGACAAGGAAGCAUAGUCCAUCACCUGACCGUAGCCCACAGAGAAGAGGUGACACAUCUCCUGACAAUGAUAGGUUGAGCAGAAGCCCUGCAAGGGACCGCGAAGAUAGGGGCUAUGACAGCCCUAAAGUUAAUGGUCGUAGUGGCAGCCCUAGCCGUAGCCCCAGGGAUGAUGACAGGAGCCCCAUUGAUGAUGAAGACAACCACCGCCACUCACCAAGAGGCAGCGAGUCACCUUAAGAAGUAUUUCUUAGAGAAAUGAACUCUGGACGUGGCCUAUAAUUUAUCUGCUUUGGUUAUCUAAUGCACUUUGUUGUGAAGUAUGGGACAAUUUUUUCGCUUAAAAGAAACUAUUAUGAAUUGUUUAUGAUUUAUGAAGAACGGUUUUAUGUAUGGUAUUAUUCAGUUUAUCUUUGGUUGCGCAAUGUAUGGCUUACAAAGAAUAUAACCUUCCCAAAUUUGUGUUGAAACAUUGUGAAUUAUGAGAAAUUUAAAUCCAGCAUGCUUAGCAUCAUUCUUAA